AUGAUAAGAACACCAUCUCAUUCCUUAUAUAUGAGAAAUUCUCAUAAUUAAUCUCAUUCACCAAUACCUUAAUAAAAAUUUGUUACUCCAGAAAAAUUAGUUAGAGUUAGUGGAAGUUCAGGUGUAAAAGUAAAUUCAAUUUCAAAAAAUGGCACAAGAAUUAAAAGUGAAGCUAUUGAAACUGUUAAUAAGAUUAAAGAAUAAUAAAAGCUAUAAGAAUAUGUUUAAGAAUUUGAAUAUAGUAAUUUUUAUCAAUAAAGACUUAGAACUUGUACAAUAAAAAAAUGAAGAAUAAUAAUAAUUAGAAAUGAGAAUCUUAAUGUUAUUGCAAUAGAAUCAUGAUUAAGUACAAGAAAUGGAAAUAUUGAAAUAAGAAAAUGAAUAAUUAAAGCAACUUUUAUAUGAAUAAUAGACUAAAAUUGUUGAAUAAAGUUAAGAAAUCUUAACAUUAAAAGUUUAUAAAGAUGGAUUAAAGAAAUUAAGUUUUAGUGAUUACUUUCGAUAAUAAAAUAUAUGA